UUAUCUCCCAGAUAACAAAAGCUUGCGGUAGCCAGUUUUUUUUUCCAACAGCCAAAUGCAUAAAUAAAGUUUCCUGGAUUUAAUAACUUCAUUACUGCUGAUCGUACGAAGAUGUGGCAUAUAUUCUCUCUAGUGCUGUUAUGUGCACUAAGCCAAGGUGCUUUCGGGGCAGCGUGCCAGAGGCGUGUCUGCUACCACACAAACUGGUCCCAGUACCGACAGGAACCAGGUAAAUUCAUGCCAGGUAACAUCGACCCCCAUCUCUGCACCCACAUCAUCUACGCCUUCGCCAAGCUAAGUAACAACGAGUUAGCGGCCUUUGAGUGGAACGAUGAGGACACCGACUGGGCUAAAGGACUCUACUCCAAGUUCAAUGACCUAAAACAAGUAAACCCGCAAAUGAAGACCCUCCUAGCUGUGGGGGGCUACAACCUGGGCUCGGCUCCAUUCUCUCAAGUUGUGGCUGACUCGGGCACACGACAACAUUUUAUUCAAACCUCCAUCAAAUUCCUGAGGGACCACAACUUCGAUGGCCUUGAUCUUGACUGGGAGUACCCAGCGUUGAGAGGAAGUGGACCCGAAGACAAGCACAGGUUUACCCAGUUGGUUGAGGAACUGUCCGCAGCCUUUGACCAAGAGCAUGGAUCCAGUGGAAAACCCAGGCUCUUGCUGUCUGCUGCUGUUGCUGCUGGUAAAGACAACAUUGAUGCGGCCUAUGAGAUCAGUGCCAUAGCCAGCAAACUGGACUUCAUCAACCUCAUGUCCUACGACUUCCACGGCAGCUGGGACCCGUUCACUGGACACAACAGUCCACUCUACGGCCAUCCUUCUGACUCAGGGGCCAAUGCAAACUAUUACAUUGAUUUCGCUGCCAAGUACUGGGUGUCUAAAGGGGCUCCAAAAGAAAAACUGAACAUUGGUUUGGGAACCUACGGCAGAACCUUCACUUUGUCUGACCCCAACAGACACAAUGUUGGCGACCCUACUACUGGACCCGGUCCAGCCGGAAGACUGACCCGUGAGGCCGGAUUUAUGGCAUACUACGAGGUUUGUGAACUGAUCAAAAGUGGUGCAACGGUGUACCGUAUCCCAGAACAGCAAGUCCCAUACCUUGUCCAGGGUAACCUCUGGGUAGGAUAUGAUGAUCCGGAGAGUUUGAGAAACAAGGUCAAGUACAUCAAGGACAACGGCUACGGUGGUAGUAUGAUCUGGGCCCUGGAUCUGGACGACUUCUCUGGAACUCUGUGUGGGCUCGGGGCUUACCCCCUGACCCACGCCAUCAGUGACGAGUGUGGGUCAGCACCCACUGGCAACAGCGUCACCCUAGCGCCGGUCGUCACGUCUCAGCCCGUGGGCGGAGUUGUCACGACGCACGCACCAGUUGUAACACACACAGAUGCGCCAGUACAUUCAGGAGGAGAUAUUAAUACCAUCUGCAAAGAUCAGCAUCUGAGUGACGGAAUCCACGAGUACCCCGGCAACUGCGCCAGCUUCAUCGAAUGUGCCGGCGGUCAGACCUUCAUCAUGCAAUGCGGGGCGGGAACUGUGUUCAACAAGGACACCAAAAACUGCGAUUUUCCCGCCAAUGUCCGUGGCUGUUAGAAACGCUGAUAGCUUUUAAUCUUUUAUGGAGAAAUUUUUUAUAAAGGAAAUUUCAGUUAUAAAUAAAGUAUAUUUGAAUUGUCUAUUUUGUUUUGUUUUCAAAUAUUCUAUUCUUUGGGUAGUAGUCGUUAGACAAAUAUGUAGCUUUAAUGAUAAAACAACAGUCAAUGAUUUAAUAUAUUUCUUACUUAUUCAGACGUUGAUUAAAAAAUAAUCUCAAUACAUGUAGGCUAUAUAUAGAAAUCUGGCUACAUAAAUAGUAGGUAAGUUUGUGACAAGAUUACUCUAUUUUUCAAGAAGAAUCUUUGAGCGAAGAAAUUUACAAUAUACUGGUUUAUGAGUGUACGAAGUAGAAUUAUCUAAUUAUGAAGGUUUUGGAGAAACUUCCGGUUAACUUCUACGUUUUUCAUCGCUUAUAGUAGAGUGAUCGCUUGCAUUAUUGUGAUGUAUAGCAUUUAUUUUCUACUUUUUAGUUCAAUCAGAAAACGUGGGUUUUUUAAAACUUUUUUAAUGAUAAUUAUUUGUCUUUUCCUCUUGUAUUAGAAAUUCAAGUGAUAUUUUCUUGAAUAUGAAAGACUGGCCAGGUCUUAUUUGUAUUGUUUCUUUUGCUUUUAACAUAUAAACCUUUGUGACGUCAAAUGAAGAUAAAUAAAUGUAUUAGCUGUGUGUUACUAA